AUGCCUGCAAUUCCGAGUUCUAGGUCCAGGACGCGGGAUCGGAACAACGUCCUGAGCAGACCCGAGUUCAUGUCCCUGAAUCAGCCUCUCCGGUGCGUUAACUCUGAGACCCGUGGCACCGCAAGGCGACCGGCCCAACCCAAACACCAAGCAAGCCAACCGUGCGACCCGCAGGAACCUACCGACAGUGCCAACAAGGAUCGGAAAGAGCCCGCAAAACUGCCCGAUGAGGACUGUAUCCAACUGAACCCUUCCUUCAAAGGGAUAGCGAUGAGCUCCCUCCUCGCCAUUGACAUUUGUCUGUCCAAGCGCCUGGGGGUCUGCGCCUACACGUCGUCGUCUUGGGGCAGCGUUCGUUCCAUGAUCACCCUGCUCGCGCUUACAGGGCACGGCAUCACGUGGAUCUUUGGCACUAUCGUGUGUCUGACAAGGAGUAAUACGCUGGCCGGACAAGAGGUCUUGGUCAAUCUAUUACUUGCCCUCCUACUUGACAUCAUGACUGUGGCCGGUGUCCAGAAGCUGAUCAAACGCAAAGGACCCUGGGAGAUGACUCCGGGCUUCCUGGACUACUGUGCCAUGGACGUGUACUCCUUCCCGGCGGCCCACGCCAGUCGCGCCGCCAUGGUGUCCAAGUUCCUGCUUUCCCACCUGGUCCUGGCUGUUCCACUCCGCAUCCUGCUGGUGCUCUGGGCCUUCCUGGUGGGCAUGUCCCGGGUGUUGCUGGGUAGGCACCACCUGACCGACAUGGCGUGUGGGUUCGCCCUUGGCCUGCUGCACUUCAGCCUGGUGGAGACUGUGUGGCUGUCGUCCAGCGCCUGUCAGACCCUCAUCUCUAUAGGGACCCUCAGCUGGAGCCCUUUCUAUUGA